AUGUUAAAAAAAUCAGCUACAGUGAUCAUCCAACAGCUCUGCUCAACUAUGUCAAUCCCAAUUCCUCGCCGCCAGCUCUUCAUCGACGGUGAAUGGAGAGAGCCCGUCAACAGAAAACGCCUCUCCGUCACCAAUCCCGCCACCGAAGAAAUUAUCGGGGAUAUUCCGGCAGCUACAUCGGAGGAUGUAAAUAUUGCUGUGGAAGCAGCCCGCAGAGCACUUAGUCGAAAUGGGGGGAAGGAUUGGGCUUCUGCAACUGGUGCUCAUCGUGCCAAGUAUUUACGAGCAAUUGCUGCGAAGGUUACGGAGAGGAAAUCAGAGCUUGCAAAACUUGAAUCACUCGACUCUGGGAAGCCGCUUGACGAAGCAGCUUGGGAUAUCGAUGAUGUUGCUGGAUGUUUCGAAUACUAUGCUGACAUCGCUGAGGCCUUGGACAAAAAGCAGAAGAGUCCUGUUGCCUUGCCCAUGGAUACAUUUAAAUGUCACGUUAUAAGAGAACCUAUUGGGGUGGUUGGUUUGAUCACGCCAUGGAACUACCCUAUGCUGAUGGCAACAUGGAAAGUGGCCCCUGCCCUGGCAGCUGGAUGUGCUGCAAUACUCAAACCGUCCGAAUUAGCAUCCAUCACGUGUUUGGAGUUGGCCGACGUGUGCAGGGAGGUUGGUCUUCCACCUGGUGUUCUCAACGUCUUGACUGGUUUGGGGCCAGAAGCCGGUGCUCCUUUGGCUUCUCAUCCUCAUGUUGACAAGAUAGCAUUCACGGGGAGCACUGCCACAGGAAGCAAAAUUAUGACAGCUGCAGCACAGCUUGUGAAACCAGUAACACUUGAGCUUGGCGGAAAAAGUCCAAUUGUGGUCUUUGAGGAUGUUGAUCUUGAUAAAGCUGCCGAGUGGACUGCCUUUGGUUGCUUUUGGACAAAUGGUCAGAUAUGCAGCGCUACUUCUCGACUCAUAGUGCAUGAAAGCAUUGCUGCAGCAUUCCUGGAAAAGCUUGUGAAAUGGUGUGAGAACAUUAAAGUAUCUAACCCCUUAGAGGAAGGCUGCAGGCUUGGUCCUGUUGUUAGUGCUGGACAGUAUGAGAAAGUGCUCAAGUGCAUCUCGAUAGCUAAGGAGGAAGGUGCCACAAUAUUGUAUGGAGGUUCACGACCUCAGCAUCUAAAGAAAGGCUAUUUCGUCCUUCCAACUAUAAUAACAGAUGUAAAGACAUCGAUGCAUAUCUGGAGAGAGGAAGUAUUCGGACCUGUUCUUUGCGUUAAAACAUUUGCAACCGAAGAGGAAGCCAUUGAACUUGCAAAUGACACCCAAUAUGGCUUAGGUUCUGCUGUAUUAUCCAAAGAUCUGGAAAGAUGUGAGCGUCUGACUAAGGCAAUUCAAUCUGGCAUUGUCUGGGUGAACUGCUCACAGCCAUGCUUCUCCCAAGCACCUUGGGGAGGCAGGAAACGCAGCGGUUUUGGCCGGGAACUUGGGGAAUGGGGACUGGACAACUACUUGAAUGUGAAGCAGGUGACGCAGUACAUCUCGGACGAGCCAUGGGGUUGGUACAAGUCUCCUUCCAAGCUAUGAAGAAGCUUCUGCAUUUUCCCCCAGAUUGAAGAGUGAUUGCUUCUUUAAAGUGGAGAAUGAAGCUUCCAAAAUGGCAAGAUUCCUAUACGGCUAUAGCCUUAUUGCUCUAUAGAGGUUCCACUACCUUAAUUCGUCUAUAGAACUAAUGUUUGAAGUCGAAUCUCUCAUCAUUUUAAAAAAAAUAAAAAACUUCUCUAUUUUGUCUUUUA